AUGCAAUGCGGUGUCUCUCUUUUUUUCUUUCCUUCUCCCCUUCGCUGUUGGUCUCGUCUCGGUACAUACAACUCUGCAGAUGUGCAGAUUUUACUAGAGAGAAAUAGGAAGAAAAGAAGGAGGAAAAGUGCCAAACAACUCAAAGUCUCAAUCACCAUUGCCCCCUCCUCCCCCUUCCUUUUUUUUCUUCUUCUUUUCUUCGUGUACCCUUGGCUUUUAGCCUGCUGGAUCUUGGGGGAGGGAUCGGUUACUUCUCUGCAUUUUUUUCCAUCUCAUCUUCUUCUUUGCAUCUUUGCUUUCUCGUUCCCCCUGUACAGAGUACUUGCAGUUUGCUGUUCUGUUGAAUUUUCUGCAUGGGUACGGUACGCGGAGGGCUUGGAUAGGCGCGGAAGACGAGAGUCGUCGAGGGGUCUUGCCAGGCCAACGGUAUCUGUACCCUUACUGUCUGCACGUAUGGAGUACAUGUUCACUUACAGGAAGAUGAGUGAUGGUAAUCAGGAAGGGGAGAGAGAAAAGCGGCUUUUGGGAGAGGGUGUGUGUGCUGUUCCCUCCUCCCAUCGUCUCUCCCAAGUUCUUAGCCCCCUCCCUCCAUCUCAUCCCAUCCAUUUAUUUCAUGAUCCUAGUGGGCCAUGCCAUCCACGGACCACAACACACAUUCCACCCUGA